AUGGAAAUCCUUUCUUAUCAAUAUCGUAAUAAUAUUGAUGAAGUACUUCCAUUUAGUGUUUUCAAUUCUAAUAAUUCUGAACAAUCGACUACUGAAUUAAAUGGUCAAUUUAUUAAUUCACAACUAUUGAUCAAUUGUCUACUUAGCCUGAAAUCAACAUCGGAAGAAUUCGAUGAACUGAUUACACUAGUUCGUAAUGAAUAUAAAAAUAAUAGACCAGUUCUGGAGCUUAUUCGCGAGUUUGAACAAGAAUAUACACGUGAACGAGCUAUAUGGUGGUACACUAGAGACUCAUUUCUCUAUCGGAUGUUAAAUAAGGCUCUUCGAGUACAGAAUAUUGAUUUACUCUAUCUUCUUCGAUUUAUUAUUCAAGAUCUUUGUCAACAACUGGACGAAUAUCAAUAUUCAUCAUCAAUUCGAGUCUACCGUGGACAAUUAAUAUUGAAUGAUGAGUUGAAUACUUUGAGAAAUUCUAUUGGAGAACUUGUUUCAAUGAAUACAUUUCUUUCCACAAGUGUCGAUCGUGAUUUAGCGCUAUUUUUCUUGGGUAGUUCGGAAGAAUUAGAUAAUGAUUUACAAAGAGUCUUAUUUGAAAUUGAUGCUAAUCCACAAAUUAAUGGUACGAAACCUUUUGCCGAUAUCACCAGACACAGUUUUAUGAUGGAUGAGCAAGAAGUAUUAUUUAUGUUAGGUGCUAUUUUUCGAAUUAACACUAUCAGACAUAUUGAAGACGAUCAAAUAUGGAUCAUUCAUAUGACAUUAUGCAAUCAUAAUGAUCAGGAUUUAAAAUCUGUUAUUGAACAACUAGAAUAUGAAGUUGAAGCUGACGACAAGAGUCUAUUCUCAUUCGGUGCUCUUCUACAUAGAACUGGUAAAUUAAAUGAAUCCGAGAAAUAUUUUCAUCGUUUACUUAGUGUACUACCGGAAAAUGAUUCAAAAGCGAUCUACUCCUGCUACCACAACCUUGGUAUGAUUGCUAUGGAUAAGGAAGAUUAUGAUUUGAGUCUUCAUUGGCAUCAAAAGUCACUUGAGAUAAUGAUAAAUAUAUUGGAAUCAAAUGAUCUCGACCUUGCAGAUAGUUAUAAUUGUAUUGGUUGUGUCUGUGAUUGCAAAAAGGAUUACGAACGAGCAAUUGAGUUUUACAAAAAAGCAUUAAUGAUAUUCGAGAGAUCACUCGGUGAAGACAAUCGUGACAUAGCCCUCUGUUUCAAUAAUAUGGGUAUCACUUAUGGGAAAGAAAAUAAACUUCUAGAAGCACUUGAUUGUCAUCAGAAAGCGUUAGCCUUAUACAAUAAACAUCUAGUUCCCUGUCAUCCAGAUUUAGGUCAAUCACACAAAAAUAUCGCUGUUAUCUAUUGUCAACUCGGUAAUUAUGAUCUUGCUUUGGAGCAUUAUCUUCGUACACUUAAUAUUUAUGAAAAAUCUCUUCCUCCUCAUUGUCCUGAUAUUGCACGUUUAUUGUUAGAUAUAGGGGACGUUUACAUGAGAAUUCACAAAUUUCAACAAGCGAUAUCUUAUUACGAAAAAGCAGCAAUUAUAUUUCGUAAAACAUUUCCUUCGGCAAAUGAGAUGAUUAACAGAAUCGACGAACGCAUUCAGCAGUUAUCAUUGCUAAUUCGCUGA